AUGCCCAGCGCAGGAAGUUCAUCAUCAGCGCUGCAUGCGCGAGCACGAGCGCGCCCCAGCCUUGUGGUGUCUGCCUCUCCCCUCACUACCCUCGCUACCCUUACUACCCUCGCUAACCUUAGCACCCUCACUACCUUCACUGCUCUUAUUCCCCUCACUACCCUCACUCCCCUCACGUACCCUCACUACCCUCACUUGCGUCGCUAUCCUUCCUACCUUCGCUACCCUUACUCUCCUUACUCCCCUCGCUACCCUCGCUGCCCUUACUACCCUCACUACCCUUACUAUCAUUACUCCUCUCACUACCCUUAUUCCCUUCGCUACCCUCACUCUCCUUACUACCCUCGCUACCCUCACUACCCUUAUCACCCUUGCUCCCCUCACUACCCUCACUCUCCUUACUACCCUCGUCACCCUCGCUACUCUUACUCCCCUCGCUACCCUCACUACCCUUAUCACCCUCGCUACCUUUACUACCCUCACUACCCUCACUCCCCUCACUACCCUCACGGCCCUGCUUGGCCGCCCUCGCAUCCACCGAAUAUUGAAACCUGCUCAUAUCUAAUCUAUUAUACUUCAUCAAACGUAGUUGUGUGA